AUGCUCGACGCCUCCUCGCCGAUCCUCCUCUCCCUGGCCGCAGCCCUCAUCCUCACCACCCUCACGCUCACAAUGCUCUACCCGACCACCCUCCUCCGCUGGCUGCAGCGCAAGCGCUACCAGUACGAGGUGACAUUCUCGCUGUACAUGCUUACGCCGACGGAGAAGUUCAUCUUCAACUCCUUCCUCUUCCUGAUCCUCUCCAUGAUCCUCAUCGCCGCGUCGCUCUACCUCCCCGAGCACAUCGCCCAGCUCGCCAAUCGCGCCUUCUACUACUACGCCGGCGACGAGAGCGGCCAGCAGCAGUCGGUUCUGUCGCCGGAUACACAGCAAGCUCUGCGAGGUGCGGGGAUAGGCGGUGGGGCUGGUCCUGGACAUGCGCUCGGGGGACAGGGCAGGGGUAUUGCUCUGAAUUGA